AUGCUUUUGACCAUCACCAUCAUCGCAGGCGAUGACAGGAAAAUUCGUUACUUUGGCAACUUACUUUCGCUCAAAUAUUCUAAUGCUAGUGAUAAAGAGGCACCGCCUGAGGAACGCUUUCAUGAACUCGGUGACGUGAGCUGCUUGAAAGAGGUAAAAGGUUUCCAGUUUGACGCCAACAACAAGACUGGCCCCAAUCCGUUCUCUUUCGAUUUGCAUCUACUAUUAGUAGGAAAGAGAUGCAAACUUGCGCUGUUUCCAAAGAGAUGGAAGAAAUGUAUGUGUACAAAAAAGGAAUGCCGGAAUCAAGCGACAUGGACAAGCUUAUUGAAAUUCUUCUCAUUUUAUUCUUGCCGCCGUUGGCGGUUUGGUAUCACGACCGAGCGUGCUCCUGCCAAGUUUGUCUCAACAUCAUUCUGCUAUUCUUCUUUGUAAUACCUGCUGUGAUCCAUGCUAUGUGGUACUGCUACAUGAGAAAGUAACAAUUGUCGAUAUUACCGUUUUUGGAUGCUAAAAAAUUUCUCCAUCAGCAAAUUUUUAUUGACAUUCGAUAGAAGUGCGUUUAUAAUUUGCCAUUGUUUCACGAAAGAGUAUAAACUGCCAU